AUGUCUGCGGAGCCGAAGAAGGACGAUGCGGUGGUCGCCGCGGCGGCGCUGGCCUCGGACGGCGACGACUCCGAGGCGCAGGCGAUUCCAGCCCCGGGUGCCGACGACGAAGACGACGACGACGACGACGGGCUGCCGAUGGACCGCGGCGUGGGGCCCUGGCUGCAGGUGCUCGGGUGCUGGAUCCUGUUCGCGAACACGUGGGGGCUGCCGAACUCGUUCGGGGUGUUCCAGGCGUACUACACGGCGACGCUGCUGGCGGGGGCGGGGCCGUCGGCGGUGGCGUGGAUCGGGUCGGUGCAGGUGUUCCUGAUGAUGGCGGUGGGCGCGGCGGCGGGGCGGCUGCUGGACGCGGGGCGGCUGCGGCUCGUGCUGGGCGGCGGCGCGGCGCUGGCCGCGCUCGGCCUCUUCCUGCUCGGCGCCUGCACCCGCUACUGGCACGUCCUGCUCGCCCAGGCCGUCUGCGUCGGCGCCGGCACCGGCCUCCUCGGCCUCACCUCCGUCGCCAUCAUCCCCCUCUACUUCCGCCGCCGCCGCAUGGUCGCCGUCGGCGUCGCCGCCACCGGCAGCAGUCUCGCCGGGAUCGUGUACCCCAUCAUGCACAGGCGCCUCAUCGCCCGGCUCGGCUUCCCCUGGGCCGUCCGCGUCUUCGCCUUCGUCGUCACUGCUAGCUUGCUCGUCGCCAUGGCCAUCCUGCGCCUCCGCCCGAACAUGAAGCCGCGCGGCGCCCGCUUCAGCACCGCGCACUUCCGCGACAAGCCCUACGUCGUGUUCUGCAUCGCGUUCACGCUGAUCAUGGCGGCGGCGUACGUGCCGUACUUCUUCGUGGACGCGUACGCGGCGCGGCUGGGGGUCGGGCCGGGGACGUCGUUCUACGUGCUGAGCGCGAUGAACGGGGGCAGCCUGGCGGGGCGGGUGGUGCCGAACUGGCUGGCGGACCGGUACGGGGGGCUGAACGUGAUGGUGCCGUGCGGCGUCGGCGCCGCGCUCGCCAUGUUCUUCUUCCGCUUCGCGCGCGACCUGCCCGGCCUGCUCGCCGCCGCCGCCGCCUACGGCUUCCUCUCCGGCGGCACCGUCGCCCUCCCCGUCGUCACCAUCGCCAACUUCACCCCGGCCCCCGCCGACUACGCCACCCGCAUGGGCAUCGGCUACUCCGUCGCCGCCCUCGGCGCCCUCGUCGGCAACCCCCUCGGCGGCGCCGCGCAGCGCCCCCAGCUGGAAGACACCGUCGAGGCCGCGCAGAGAGAGUUCCAGGGUACUUGGAUCUUCGGUGGAGGGGUUAUGCUGGCGGCGGUGCUCACCUUGCUGCUUGCGAAGUACCUCAAGUUUGGCUCGAUUCUCAAGGGGAAAUGCUGA